AUGGUCUGGAUAGGCAACGAAGCUGGCGAAACCAUCAACGUCUCCAUCACCUCCAUCCACACUCCCGGCGGUGCGACAGGCUUCUUCCCAGUGGAGCCGGGGUAUGCAUCCUAUUCCACAAGCCACUGGCAGCGCAACGCCACGGGUGCUGAGACGGCUGUGAUUCGACUGGGGCAAAAGAUUGUUACGGUGCCGGAUGUGCUGGGCAACGAUUUCCUGCUCAUUUUUUCGGAUACGUACCUCAAGAUUCCGACUGAGGUGCAGGCGUUCUUUGGAGCAUGA